AUGCACUCACCGUACAAGGCCCGUGUGAGGCACUAUACGGAUAGUGGGGAUGGGAGGCCUAGUGCUGCUGUUACACCGAAAAAAGAGAUAGAAAAUCGCAAGAUAGCGGAUUUAGAGAUAAGCAACCAGGCGUUGUUGACAAUCAACAAGCAGCUCGAGCAGACACGCAAGAAGCACUUAAAGGAGAUAAAGGACCUGAAGGAGCAGCUCGCCCAGCUACAGCAGCAGCGGAGAUCACCCAGUCCAUCUUCGCUUAUUGAUGGCGUUGAGGAGGAGGACGCGGAUGACAGCAUCGAGAAUGAUAACCAAUUCAAUAAGAUACGGUGGUCGAUACAGGAUCUGAUAGAGCAGGGGAGAGAUGCUCUGGGUGUUGAGAAUGUCUAA